AUGAAAGUACAUUUAUACGAGGUGACGCUUGAGUGCGACGGCGUGCAGGACGAUGAGGACAGUGGUAGAUGCGAUGCUCAGCUUUUCCGCAAUAUAGACAAAGCAGAAGACGAAGGCGACGAUCUCUCUCUGCUUGAGAGAGACGAUUCCCUCCAAGCUGCAUGGCAGCAGCCGGACCGAGACGCGUUUUUGGAGUUGGUGCUGGUGAGCGGACACAGACGCUGGACAUUGCGAGAGAGAGAAGGCCAGAAAGACGACACGCCCAAAAGACUGAAAAGUCACGCAGUAGAGACUGUCGUGCUAAAUGACACCCUUUAUUUAUUUAUUUUUCAAGGUAUGCUCAAAACUCUUUGUCUGGACCAGAAAGGGGACAACAUGGACUUUGUGGGUUCAGUAGCAAAGAGCCUCUUCUCAGAUGGGACCACAAACUGGGGCCGCAUUGCCAGUCUGGUGGCGUUCGGGGCGGUGCUGUCCCAGUACCUGAAGAACAAGGACAGGGGACACUGUGUGCCCCUGGUGGCCCAGGAGAUCUCUUCGUUCCUGCUGGAACACCAACGAAACUGGCUAGUGAAAAACAAUUCAUGGGAUGGUUUUGUAGAGUUCUUUCAGGAAGCUGACCCAGAGUCCGCAGUGAGGAAAACGCUUAUGGCCGUUGUCGGCAUCGGGGCGACACUGGCCCUGUUGAUCAGGGGAAUUUGUCGUACUCUUAAAAAGCCUGAUUUUGACGUGAACAACGUUGAUGCUGGAUACAUGGAAGAACCUCCACGAUGCCCUCAGACUUACACAUGGAAAUGAAGGCUGAGCCGCAGUAUAGUUCAAUAUUUUUGGUUUUCAAACCUGCGGCCAAAGCAUUUUCGUCAUGGACACUUUACCUUUUCGAGCAGUUGAGAUCUAUUUAAUUUAUAAAUAGAUUUAUUUUUCUAAGAUAUCAAGUGUGUUUCUAUGCAAAUUUGAAAAAAGCAUUUGGUCUGAUCAGCGCCGUGUUGUAUGACUUUGAAGAUAGCGACAUAUUCCACGCGCAGCAACCACGAAUCCGAUUUCCAUAAGUCUCAUUCCCGACCGCCCGGCGAUCCAUCCCCGGGAGCGGAACAAGGCACGCUUGCAUCCGCGUGGCACGACGAUCCCUCCAAGUGGGCUCGGCGCCACGGAGCGACUCCCACAGAACUUUGGGACGUAUCGGGGCUUGCAAGCUCCCCAGAUCCAGGAUUCACUCCCAAGGAUGGAGUUGGGGAGCAAAGUGCAAAAUAGUGCGGGACAGUGCGAAGAUGAUGCUCUUUCGGUGAGGGCGGCAUCCAGCUGUGAGCUGCCAAGAGUUGU